AGUUGUGAACUGGUUCGACUGGACUGGCGGUGGCCGCCUCCCUGUUUCCUCACUGAGCAAACAGACACUCAGUCUGGAUAUGAGCACCGGAACACGGAAAUGAGGCAGGUGUAGGAUCGGAGAGUUCGGUUCGGACGGAAACCAUGAAGCCCGCCGCGGUGGCCUUUUAUGGGGCGGCUCUGGUGCUCCUGGCGGUCGGCCUGCGGGAGCUGCUGACUGGCUUCGAGGAGAACAGAUGCAGCAUGACCUACAUGUUUGAAUACCCGGAGUAUCGACGAGUGGCUCUGCCUCGACGCGUGGCCAGACUGUACCCGGCGUACGGGCUCUACCUGUACGGGGAGGGUGUCUACGCUCAGGAGACCCGGGCGCUCAAACUCACCGGCACACCUGUGCUUUUCCUGCCUGGGAAUGCAGGAAGUUACAAGCAAGCUCGCUCUCUGGGCUCUGUGGCCUUGAGGAAGGCUGAAAACAUGGACGGUGGGAUGCAUCUCAACGUCUUCACUGUGGACUUCAACGAGGAGUUGGUGGCGCUUUAUGGCGGGAGUUUGGUCAGACAAACACACUUCCUGCACGAGUGCAUCAAGGCCAUCCUACGGCUAUACAAGCAGCACCUUAAGACGCCCCCUCAGAGCGUGGCGCUGGUCGGUCACUCCAUGGGAGGGGUGGUGGCCCGAGCGCUGUUCACUCUGCCUCGCUUCAACCCUCAUCUGGUCAGCCUCAUCAUCACCCAGGCCUCCCCACACAUGGCUCCGGUCCUGGCCCUGGACCCGUACCUGUUGGAUUUCUACGAUGCGGUGCGGCAGAAGUGGGUGUAUCAGGCGAACAAGCUCAGGAAUGUUACUGUCCUGUCAGUUGGAGGCGGUUACCGUGACUACCAGGUCCGUUCUGGACUCACAUCCCUUCCCUGUCGCCCCGGAGAUCCAAACAAACUCUCAUUGGUGGUGACUGCAGUUCCCAGGACGUGGGUCUCCACGGAUCAUCUCUCCAUAGUUUGGUGCAAAGAGCUCGUUCUUGCUACGGUCAGGGCGUUCUUCGACCUCAUCGAUGCUGAAACCAGACAGUUCACAGAUUCUCCAGAGAGGAAACUGACCGUCCUGAAUCAUCACUUCAUCAAACAUCCCGUCAGGAUGCUGAGAGAUGUCCAAAACUCAUCCAUCUCCAUCUUAGAUGUUCCUGAAGCCUGGAGUGAAGUGAACACGUUACGUCUGUCCUACAGCACUCCGAAGGAAGGACAACUUAAGUACUUCCUGUUUGCUCUGUCGAGUCGCCGGAAAGCCUACAGUCAUUUCUACUGCCGGAGCAACAACAUGGAGAUGAGCAGCUGGGUGUUUGGCUGCGUGCACACCAACGGUUCCUCAUGUGUGCGUGCAGUGGAUCUGUCUAUGGGAACGGAGCUCCUGCCACCGUAUAAGGUUCUGAUUCUAAGCCUCAGUGACUUGGCGUCUGUCACUCAUCUGGUUGUUUCUGCCUCCAACCUUAACGGCAAACAGUUUACCGUGGAGUGUGAGUGGCAAAGAGAAGAAUCUCAGACUCUGUCCGUCUCUGUGCCUCAUGUUCUGUCCUUCGGUUUUACAGUCAGUGACGUCACAGUGAACUCCUCUGGACUUCUUCACAACAUCCAGCUGCUCCACUUUCACCAGGUCUACCAGGCCUUCAGGAUUAAUGUUGUGAGUCAGUGCAGAGUGAACAGAGACAGACUUCCCAGUGUGUACCGGAUACGGGUUUCCUGGUUCCGAGAGGACUCCUUCACCACAGCCAGUGUGCCGUCAGCUGCCGAGAUCUCAGGGAUGCUUCACACAAGUCGUCCCGACGAUUCCUCAGAUGUCCUGCUGCAGCUCCACACUGCCCCCAACUGCCAGUAUAAGGUGUCACUUAGAACUUCAUUUCCCAAGGUGCUGGGACAGGCUCUGAGGUUCUGUGGUCCCAUGGUUCCAGUCUACACAGCUGUAACUCUCCUCCUGGCCUGCGGGGGGCAGCUGUCCACCAUCCUGAAGUCUGGGAGAGCUGCAGACAUGAGCCAGACGUUGGGCAGAGGGCUGCAGCCUCAUAAAAUCAACCUUCCUGUUUACCUUUUACACAUCCUCCUCAGCUGCAGCCGCUUUCAGGAGAUCUUAUCCAUCAUCAGCAUCCCCCCGGAGGACACACUCCCCCCCACCUUCCCUGACGGGGUGCUUCAUGAGCGGGCGGAGUCACCUGAGGAGUGGCCCCACCUCCUGUCUCCUCUGCUGUACCUGCUGGGAGCAGCUGUGGCAUACUGGGGCAGCGCUCUGCUCCGUUUCCUGAUCCGACUCAUCUCCCUGACGCUCGCUCCGCUGCACAGACCAUCCGUCACCAGAACCUGCGGGACGCUGCGACUACGAACUCAGCUCCUCAUUGGUCUCUGUCUGACUGUUACAGGCUGGACGUCCUGCGGAGCUCUGGCGAUCUUUGCCUCCUCUCUGCUCCACCUGUACCGGGUCCUCAGGCUGCAGAUGACAGAGAGAUCUUUGAGUCACAUGUUGAAUCUGGCGCCACGGAAACAGAAACCAGCUGCCAACGGUGCGGUAGAGGCAGAACCUCAGAGCAAGUCUAACGAGCUCAAUGGCGUCCCCCUGCUGUCUGAGAGUGCCCUGCAGGAGGUGAGGGACGACCUGCAGCUGCACCUCAGCCUGUCGGUGCUCCUCAUGCUUCCUGUCAUGCUCAGUGCGCCGUCGCUCAUCCACUGGAUCCGCAACCUGAGGUUCUCCACCCGGCUGGAUCCCGAUCCAUGGUGGCUUCACACUGUGCCUCUGAUAUUUGUCUACCUGCUGCUCAUCAACUGCAACACGUUACAACUCAGCAACAGUCGACUCCUGCCUGUCAUCUCCUGCCUCCCUCUCCCAUUGGCUAUCACCAUGGCAACCUUCUCUUCACUUCACCUGUACAGAGUCGCCUACUUCCUGUCUGCGGCACUCGUCCCCCUGGCUUUCUGCUGCGUCCUCUGAUAGUGUCCGGCUGCUCUCAGCCGCUCCAUGUUCUAAUGGAUUCUCAGGCAGAACCCAGUCUGUCAGAACUGGGAGGAACUUCCUGUAUUCUACCUGGCAACAGGAAGGAUGAAGCUUCGUCGUCAUGGUCGUGUUUCUCCACUUUCUUUUCUUACUUAUUUUGUUGCCAGACAGGAUUGUUUUCCUUUUCUAAGCUGAUAAAACAGAAAAUCUCACGUUAUAAACUACAUGUUUAACAUUUAGAAAUGUUAAUAUUCAAGUUAAAAUGCAGAGGUUUCAAAUUUAUAAAAUGUUGACGUUCUAAUUAAAAAAGGCAGAUAUUUGAUGAUAUUUUUAAAACAUUUUGUAAAGUUUGAAGCUUUGAAAUGUUCAUAUUUAACGUCUAAAACAAUAGAUUUUUGAUAGCCCAAAGAAAGCUGACAUUUGAAAAUUUUAAGAUGGAAAUGUUUGAUUGCUCAACCUUUAAACUUGAGGCCUUUUUUUCUUCCAUUGAAUUUUCUGCCUGUGUGUGAUCUGCGUUGUCUCUGCCGUGCCUUCCUUCUUCCUCCUGUUAUUCCUCUCCUGCCUCUCAGUAGAAACCUCCUCAUGCUCCUGGAACCGGGCUGGAAGUGGACUUUACUGGUUCCUCGCCAAUGUUUCUAGUUUUUAAUUUCAGCUCUCAGUGUGUUUAACAGCUGCAUAUCCAGUAUGAUUUGAUUAGGACGAUGAAGGCUGGAGGGCUCUGCAGACUCAGCUGUGGGUUUGUGGUUGUGAACGUAUUUGCAGUGAAUGUGUAGAAACCUUUCGAUGCGUUCAUACAGUUUUUGUGCGUUCAGCUCGUUGUGAACGUGCACCAACCUGUAGAAGAGAUUAGUGUAAACAGAAUCGUGUUUCAUAGACUCGUGACUUGUAUCCGUGUUCACUGUGACCUCGCCUUCCAGGUGUUCAGACUAACAGAGAGGAAUCUAAAGACAACUGGAAGAUUUUUAUGCUUCACUUUGAUGUUUUUGAAUAUUUUAAUAUUUUGGGCCUGCCAGUUGGGCUGUUUUCUAGUCAUAAAGCAGCUGUUUGAGAACAUCUGUCACUCUUUCUGACUGUAAUGACCUGAGAUAAAAGGGACACUUUGUAAUAUUUUGACUGGUUUCAAACAAAUUUAUUGGUUAUUGGUUUAGUUCCUGCUGCUAAAUCUUCUUGUUGAUUUGAGCAGAAAUCAGAGGUUUAAGCAACAAGCUCCUUGUUGGGCGCCACCUUGUUGGUACCAUAAUGUCAUUUAGUUCUUAAUGACCUCAAACGAUUAACUCAGCUACAAGUUAACUAGAAAACCUUCAUUGAGCUUCUCCUCAACCUCAGCCACGUGCUGCGGGUCACGUUCAUCUGAUGAAGAAGCUUCAGUGCCGUUUUUAUAGGAGCUUUACAGUUUGGCUCUUAAUCCGCUGCCUAAAAGGCUUGUUCUGAACCAUUGUUUGUCUUUGUUGAGCAGAAGCUGAGGUCCGUUUAAGCUUCAAUGUGAAAUCAUUGCAGAGUCUCAUGCAGUUCCUCUGGCAGCAUUUCUGGGUUUGAGGGAAUUCCAUUUCCAACUUUUCCGGUUUUCCCUUUAGUUCUGAAUUUAAGGUUCUAAGCAUUGAACUCCAUUUCAACCUCUCAUCAUUAUUGGACCCAUUCAGGAGACCUUCAUCAAGGAACCUUUCCCCAACCAGAGAACUGCUUUCUCAUUGUUUCUUCUGAUGUACUUGGAGAAGAAGAGGUUCCUUGAUCUGAUUCUUCAUAUGAAGACCUUUGUUGGUGCAGAUAUUUCUGUUGGCACGGUAACAGCCUCAUCAUCCCUUCUCCUCACGCUGAAUGUCCAAUGAUGUGCUUCAGUAGUGUCCUAUUCCAACAUUUUCCAUGUUCCCACAAGAGAGUCGGGUUCCCGGUUGUUACCAUGUUUUCUUUUGAUGACCAACCUUCUCGGUGAGUACCAGGAGCACAGCAGCAGCAUGGUUGGAUCCACAGGUUUUCUAUGUUCUGAUUGGUCUUCUGGAUCACAGAGAGCUUGGCCGUGUAUUGAUCCUGCGUGAAGGAACCUAAAGAUAUUGCAUUAAGACAGUGGGCCCUCCACCUUCAUCAGAAAGCAACACCAGCACCUCGGUGUGAAUGGGCAGAACGUGGAGAAGGUCUGAGGAGCAGAGGUUUUGUAGCCACCCACCCACUAUGGUUGCCUUGGUAACUUUGGUUUGUUACUGCGGUGCUGGAGAACAUUGAACUGAAUUAGAUGUUUCUACAGACUGUUUAGAUGAGAAAAAAGGCCGCAGACAUAGGAGCGGUGUUAGCAUCAGAACAGGCCCGGUCCGGUUUCAUUUAACUGAUAAUUGCUGGUUUUACUGGAUUUUUACCAUGUAAACUUCACACCACAAAGGCUCUCCAGCCUAUACCUCCCAGAACAUAGGUUUCAGAAGGUUCUGAAACUCCUGAUGGAACAGCCCGGUCCAGUAAUGAACGCUGUUCCUUCUAGAGAAGCAGCCUCUUCAGUCCGAUAUGUUAGUAAAAAAUGGAGCGUCAUUCAUCUUAAAUGUGCAAAUGUGCCACGUAGCUGAAUAUGUCAGGUUUAGUUUAGAUCUCUGAAUGUGCUUUGAAGGGUAUUUAAUCCUCAGGUUUGUGUGUUGCGUAAAAACUGGUUGAUGUUUUUAUAUUUCUCAUAUUUUUAGCUGAUUUACUGUAAAUGGGAAUUUUUGGCACAAAUGUUUGAAUAAAACUAAGGAAAUAA